AUGAGGAACUGUUCCUUGCUCUCACAAGCCGACGGGAUGGCUGUUGAUACUGAUCAGCCAUCCACCAUGGAAGUAAAUGAUGAGAAUGGGGGAACUAAGAAAAGCCCGUCGAAUGGUGAGGGCGGGAGCAGCAGCAACAUCUACAACAUUGGUGAUAAGGAGCAGUGGUGCUUAUCAAUUCUAGGGUACAUCAAGUCCUUCUCCAGGCAAUACGCCUCCGAGCUUUGGUCGCACAUCGAGAAGUUAGACGAUGAGGUUCUCACCCAAGACAUCCACCACCUUUUACGAAGAGCUGUAUAUUCCAGUUUGCGACGACCGAACGAGCUUUCAUCUGGAUGA